CCUUAGUGUCAGUUGGCAGUUUGGGAAAUGCCGACACACCUAUUAUUUCGAUAGAUACACUUAGAUUCCGCAAAUAACUCUUCAGUAAAUUAAAAGUAUGUCCAAGCGGGUGAGCAUCAUGUUGCCCGACGAAAUGGCUGCGGAUCCUUCGGGCAACAAGAGACACUCGAAGCCCAGCCGCACUUUAAAAAGUUCCAUAAAAAACGGAUCAAGCGCUCGGACGCAACUCGUAACGCCAGUCUUUGUGGUUGUCAGCCCGGAGAGCAGCCAAAGCUCUCUUACCUCAGGUCAGCGGAACAACACCAGCACGACCAACAACAGUUUCCUAAACCAACGGACUAAGGAGGACGCCGGGGAGAGGUUGUCAGGAAUCGAAGAUACGGCAGCUCUGGAGAGCAGCAUCUUGCUGCAAAGUGGAUCCUCAAACUCUAGUGAUUUUGAUUCUACCUCCACCUCGAUCAGGAAGUUCCUUAAGAGCACCGUGGCUUUUGUUAGGGCAGGAGAGUCCUUAACAUCCGUGAAACAUCUCUUUCACAAAUUCAUUAAAAACAGCGGCACAAUGUCAAAUUCCAAGCCGUCGCUGCCAUCCUCCUGCUCUCAGGCGGUAGGUGAGGAAAAUCCCUAUAUGAGCAAGUCCAAUGAUACGCUUUUGACGGACUCGGUCAUCCGCACUGCUGUGCCCAGUACCUCCCAGAUGACUCCCACCUCACAUUUUUCCAACUACUCAUUCAAUAACACGAACUACGACCUUUACAACCUCCUCUCUGACAUCACCCCUCUGACUGGCUACACGCCCGUGGGUCUCACGGAGGAUGCUGACUACCGUACCGACACUUCUGCAAAAACUGCGUUGAACAGCAUAAACUGCAAUUUGGCAAACUCGUCGGAGGAUCCUUUAGGAAGGGGAUUCGGCAACAGUCCUUCGUCAACAGUUUCUCCCGGUGAGGUGAAGGUAGCGGACACAAAAAGGCGACCCUCGUCGAAAGAUCGCUCAAGCAGCAGAUAUUUCCUCCAGAAACGUAAGACAUCGCGCGCUAGUUUACGUAAAAAGUCACCCAAGAUGUCACCUCGAACAAAUCAGUCUGUGCCUGCAAUAGGUCCUAUAUUUGCUAUGGUUAGUUCAUCUGGGCCUAACUCUUCUGAUGGAUCGCGGCGAUCGAGCCUGAGACGUCAGCAAAGUCCAUUACCCAACGGGGCUGCCAAAAUUUCGGCCACUUCUAAUUCAAGACUUAACUUAGCUACAGCGUCCCCGUCUAGGAAAGAAAAUUCCCUUCGAUCAAGCCGUUCAAGAAAGAGUUACCACCGUAGUUCACCCAGAAGCCCAAGUCGAGUCACUCGGGCCAGCGCCUUGGAGAGCCCUUACCAAAAAAACGAUGACGCCGCCGCUAAAGUAGAAUACGUCUUCGCUCUGGUCAGCCCGGAGGAGGCGGAAAACAGUCAGCCUGAUGAAAGUAGUGCCAAUGUUGAGGAUGCCUCCUCCAGUUGCCAGACAUAUCAGAAGCAUUGCAAGUGUCACCAUUGCCAGGACAUGCGUCGGGCGGUCAAGAGGGCAGACUUUUUCAAAUCGCCCGAGGGCCAGAAGCGGCUGGAGGCGAAGCUACUGGCCAAGAACUUCUUUAUGGACAUCUGCGUACUGUCGGUAGUGCGCCACCAGAUUCAGUCCGUUCUGCAUGGGACCCGCCGUCAUCCAUCAGCGCGGCUUAGUUACCCGGUGAGCAUCUGUGGAGCGACCAGGCUAAGCGGAGGCUCGCUCUCGUUGCAGUGGAUCACCCAUGACCUUGACAACGUAGACCACUUCGACGUCUUUGUGGACAACGUCCCGAGCCGUAGUGUCUACAACCGGCAGGCUACUUACACCGUGCUCGUCGACGUAAACACCGCCCAGACGCACACGCUGCGACUCCGGGCGGUGCCGGAGCGUGGAAGCCGUGUUCAGGAUUCCCCGGUGGACAAAUUCAUGUCGGAGGUGGCGGCCGGGCAUAUGCGUCACGUUAGGCAGGGCCAUCUUUUUGCCAGGUGUUUCGAGCACCUGGACGCCCGACCACAGCAGCGCACGUUGGUGGACUUCUGGACGGACAGCGAGUUCUUGUACAUGCCCACCCGCGACUUUCUUCCGCCUACAAAGGCUCGCUGACUGGCCAAAAUAAACAGUUUUAUGAGCAGCA